CGGGAGGGGGCGGUUCCCGUUCCACCUCGGAGCCGGAUGUUUGCCGAGCUUUGACAGGCGUGGCAAAGGGAGCAGUGCCCAGGCGCGGUUUCUCUCAGGUUCUGCAGGGUAGGCUGUAGGGGAUAGGUUUGGCCAUGGAUCCGCUCUCAGAGCUGCAAGAUGACCUGAACUUACAUGACACCAGCCAAGCUCUGAACCAGCUGAAGCUGGCCUCCAUUGAUGAGAAGAACUGGCCUUCAGAUGAAAUGCCCGACUUCCCCAAGUCAGAUGACUCCAAAAGCAGUUCCCCGGAACCUGUCACACACCUGAAGUGGGAUGACCCUUACUACGACAUUGCACGGCACCAGAUUGUGGAGGUGGCAGGGUGUGAUGAACCUGAGGGGGCCCAGCCAGGAGAUGACAAGUAUGGGCGGAAGAUCAUUGUGUUUAGUGCCUGUCGAAUGCCCCCCAGCCACCAGCUGGACCACAGUAAGCUCCUGGGGUACCUGAAGCACACCCUGGACCAGUAUGUGGAGAGCGACUACACUCUGCUCUACCUGCACCACGGCCUGACCAGCGACAACAAGCCCUCACUUGGCUGGCUCCGGGAUGCCUACCGCGAGUUUGACCGCAAGUACAAGAAGAACAUCAAAGCCCUGUACAUUGUGCACCCUACCAUGUUCAUCAAAACCCUGCUCAUCCUCUUUAAGCCCCUCAUCAGCUUCAAGUUUGGGCGGAAGAUCUUCUAUGUCAAUUACCUGAGUGAGUUGAAUGAGCAUGUGAAGCUGGAGCAACUGGGGAUCCCUCGCCAAGUGCUCAAAUAUGAUGACUUCCUCAAAUCCACACAGAAGAGCCCUGCAACAGCCCCCAAGCCAAUGCCGCCACGGCCACCACUGCCCAACCAGCAGUUUGGGGUCUCCUUGCAGCACCUCCAGGAGAAGAACCCAGAGCAGGAGCCCAUUCCGAUUGUGCUCAGGGAGACCAUUGCCUACUUACAGGCCCACGCUCUCACCACUGAGGGGAUUUUCCGGAGGUCGGCCAACACGCAGCUUGUGCGGGAAGUGCAGCAGAAGUACAACAUGGGGCUGCCUGUGGACUUCGACCAAUACAAUGAGUUACACCUGCCAGCAGUCAUCCUUAAGACCUUCCUUCGGGAGCUUCCGGAGCCUCUGCUAACCUUUGACCUCUACCCCCACGUUGUGGGCUUCCUCAACAUUGAUGAGAGCCAGAGGGUGGAGGUGACACUGCAGGUCCUCCAGACACUCCCUGAGGAGAACUACCAAGUGCUUCGUUUCCUGACUGCCUUCCUGGUGCAGAUUUCUUCCCACUCUGACCAGAACAAGAUGACCAACACUAACCUGGCUGUUGUCUUCGGCCCUAACCUGCUGUGGGCCAAAGAUGCUGCCAUCACCCUCAAGGCCAUUAAUCCCAUCAACACCUUCACCAAGUUCCUCCUGGACCAUAAAGGGGAGUUGUUUCCUAGCCCCGAGUCCAAGGGGCUCUGAGCCCAGCCCCCACCCUGCUGGCCCCUUUCUCUGGUAGCCCCAAGUUUGGACUCUUUUUCCUUCUGGCAUCAGCCUCAUAGGCACACGGGGCUCCUGCCCAGGAAGGGGCCAUGAUGCCUUCUGGAGAUGGAAGCUGGAGCCACAAACCAGGCAGCUCCAACCCCCCGUCCACCUGCCUCACCAGCCCCGGAGGCCUUGCUGUUACCAUAAGACAUUUUUCUUUGCCUUAUACUUCUCACUGCCUCUCUGGACCCCUGGAUCCUGCUGGGCUCUCCAGAACUGAGCCUGGCUCUUCUGGGUAGAGAAGGACAGAGCCCCAGCAGCCCCUUUUCCUACUUUUUCCUAUCUCUGUUUCCCUGGCAACUGUGGAUGACAAAAUCACUGCUGGCCGGGCUGGUAGCAGGGCCUGGUUCUCCCCUUCCCAACUGCUGGGGAAAGAACAGCUAAUCUCCUUGGUGUGGCCACACCACUCUGAGGUGCCUCCCUGUCUGGGUGUAUUGUCCUGCUUUUUAAAAGUCCCUCCAUGUGGAGGCUUGGACACAGGCACCCUGCCUGUGUCCUGCCCCCAGCAGCUCAGCCUUGGGUCUUUCACAGCUGAGGAAUGGAGCCUGCUACCUCCUCUUAACUCCUUGUUCACGUAUCCUGGGUCAGCCCUUUCCAAGUGGUACUGCCCCCAGGGUGUCCUGAUCUCCUGGUUCUGCCAGGACUGGCAGCUUGGAAGGCAGGGCUGAGUCCCAGCAUCCAUUGAAAUUUAUGCAUCCCUGGGCGGCGCCUGUGGCUCGGUCGGUGGGAUGCCGGCCCCAUAUACCGAGGGUGGUGGGUUUGAGCCGGCCCCGGCCAAACUGCAGCCAAAAAAUAGCCGGGCGUUGUGGCGGGCGCCUGUGGUCCCAGCUACUUGGGAGGCUGAGGCAGGAGAAUCGCUUAAGCCCAGGAGUUGGAGGUUGCUGUGAGCUGUGUGAGGCCACGGCACUCUACCGAGGGCCAUAAAGUGAGACUCUGUCUCUGCAAAAAAAAAAAAGAUAAAUAAAAAAAAGAAAUUUAUGCAUCCCUGCCAAACCCAUGUCUGGGAAGUGGGGUGUUGUGUUCCUCACUGAUCCUCCUUGAUCAGUGACCAGCAAUGCCCACCCCUUCAUUCCUGCUACAGGCUCUAGAACUGUCCAUUGUGGGGUCACUCUGGCCCUCACUCUGGCCACAAAUGACUCAAUGCCUCUGUGGUAGCUCCUUUCUCCAGCUGGAGGACUCUUAAAGGGGCUAAGGUUGGAGGCUCAUAGUGCCCGUAGGAGGGGCAGAGAUUUUGCUAAUAGAUCAGUCCCUGAUAGGUGGGUCUUGCCAAUCUCCCCAAGGGAGUAUGUUGUUUUUCAGAAAACCUAGAUAACCCCAGUGAUGGUUAUUAACCCUCAUUCCAGCUGUGUCUCAUAGAAUUACACUUCUUUCUCAUGAACUGUGGGGACCCCCUUUUCUGCAGCCUGUGCCCUGGUAGCAGGGCAGUACCUGCAGCAACACUGCCCCCAUAACCUUGGCUGGGCAGGAAUCCUCACUGACCAGACUAGCCCCAUCUGCAGGCCGGGCGGGGCCUGGCCUGACCUCACUGGGUGUCCCCCAGGCUACCUGCAGCAUAUCUGGACUCCUGGGGCCUGGAGCUGCUGCUGAUUCUCAGUCAGUCUAUGUGUCUCUAGCCUAGGGCGCUCUGCUUUCUGUCCUGUGUAUCAAAUGUCACUUACAGUCCCACUCACUGGGGAGCCAUUUGGAUCUCUUGGGUCUUUCUCCUGUCCCCUGCCCUACUGGUCUAUACCUGGGAGGGCACUUGUACUGUGUGUGAAUCAAGUGUUCACAUUUACACUUCCUGACUUCUUGGCAUGAAUCAUGUAUUUCACUGUUUGCACUUUUUGUAUUUCAAUAAAAAUGGAGAUAGAAAACUGCC